ACAGCGCGAUAUAUCGAGUCGUUAUCGUCGACGUCGGUCUCGGUGUUUUUGUUGCUCUCUUCGUUGUUGGUGUUGACGGCAUCGAAGAUUGUACAAUUGUUUUUAUUAGAUAACGAGCAAAUUUGUAUUUAAGAACGGAUCGCAAUCCGAAACCAAGCCCAGCUAGAUGGAAAUAUAAUGCGAAUAUAUAUUGGAAGAUAAGGGAAGGAAGAAAGGAAUGGAAUAUCAUAUGAUCGAUUAUAUAUUAUUGGGAAAACUCAAAGAAUCCUAAGUUCUUUUAAUCUUCUUUGGCUUAUUGAAUAGCAUAUCGCUUUGCUCUUUAUAACUAACUUUAUAAAUAACUAUUAAUAUACAAGCAGCAAAUAGCAUUGGUUUAAGAAAUAUCACACAUACGCCAUGUAUGCCCGAGCUAUUAAUAAACAACAGAGUUGGCAAAAGAUAGAGAGUAGGGUAAAUCGCAGUCUUAAAAAUUGUAGUUGCUAAUAAUAUACACAUUAUUAAGGCUUAAGUAUAAAGAAAGCCAUGCCAAGCUUAACUUUAGUUCGAUCUAAGAUCUUUGUGGUCAAAUACUUUGAGCCCUUAUUAUAGCCCUGUUUUGCAGCCAUAUAGCUGAGAUAAGAUCUCGUUCCUUAUGAUAUAUACCCACAUCUUACUGAUAACUUAAAACCAGAAAGAUAUCAUUAAUUAACACGCUAGGUAAAACUGUGUAGUAACUUUAUUAGAGCUCUGAAUAUUCUGGAAUUGCUGAUAAAGUCGAAACCCUUGUCCCACUUACUAGCACUUAGUAUUCAAGCCCUUGCAAUUGCAACCCUUGACUUGAAUCAGAAUUAGAUAAGCCAAAUGUAUAGUAGGCGAUCGCCGAGCACCGAGUAGUAUUACAAAGUACGUUAAGCGGAGAGAUCUAUGGUUGAUAUGGGGAGUACCAAAGUUCUCUAGAUGACGGCGAAACAGGCUUGUUGUUGUGUUGUUGAUAUUGCUGGUGUUGCUUUGUUGUUGAUGUUGCUGGCGUUGUUGAUGUUGCCGGUGUUGUGUGGCUCAUGUUGCUGUUGGUGCUUCGUUAUCGCCUCACGGCGACGGCGUCAACAUUUGCAAAUGACGUCAAAUGUUAUAAAGAAAUUUCAGUUCGCAUAUACAUGCCUAUGUAUUGGUAUUUGUAUGGCAGGAGAUAUAUAUGUAUAUAUACAUAUAUAUAUAAGCGAGUAUUGUUGCUGUUGUGCACUGGCGUAACUGGAUAGCCGCGUCGCUGGCAUUUCCAUUAUUAUCAUAAUGUGCUGUUCGAUUUGGGUUUCGGAUUGGAUUGGAUUGCCUUGCCCGACUCUGGGCGGUUUCGCUUGUGGUUGCCGCUCGAUGGUGUCGCUGUUUGCUAGUUGGUGCCGCUGGUUGCCGAUGUAGCCGGUGACCAUUGGCCAGUUUGACCAUUUUGCCAGCUUCUAGCUUCGGAUGCCGCAGAUGGAGCUGCCAAGAUGCCAACACGCUCCGACAAUGCCUACUUAGUUUCGUCUAUCUUUGCUUUUUGCGAACUGCGUUACAUGGCACAUACAUAUGUAUGUGGUAAAUUUAAUCAAUUUUGAUUGAUGUGUGCGCAUUACAGCAGCAGCAGCAACUGCAACAAACACAUCUAUAUAAGCCCAAAAGCAGUCAAAAGCCAAAGACUCAGCUGCAACGAAGCGAUGAUUCCCUGAUCAAGAAGGGAUUCAGCGUACUCCAAAGUGGAACUAUAGGAACUGUCAGGUGAAAGUAAAUCCUCAAUAGGCUUUACUGGGCAAGCAGGCAGAUCUAAAUGCUCUAUAGACUCCCAUGUUCAGUGACUUGAUGGAAGGGUAUCUGGGUGGCUUGGGGAUCCAUUUGAUCCGCUCAAUCGCUCGUUAUGAUCGUGGCGGGGAAAUAUGAUGUGGUUUUUAGGCGCGAACGGGUUCGCAAGUGCGCAGAAUGCGAAGUGCAGCGACUGCUCAGCUCUCCAGCUCUCUGACUCCGAUCUGUGUAUCUCAAUCUUCGAAUUUUCGUUACCCAAUUUGCAGAAGUACAUACAUAGUUGCAUUCGCUACCAGAUACCGCCACUGAUGCACUUAACCGAGUGCCGUGGGCCAUAAUCCAUGUAAGAUGUCCGUGUGCGCCCUCAGCCAGCCACAGCCGCCGAAUACACCCAAUCAGAAUCAGAAGCAGAAGAACGGGCCAGCGAGAUUACCGGCCUUGGCAACCGGAAACGGAAGUACAAGUGGCAUAACACUGAACGGCAAGGCCAAGGGCUCCGUAACGCCACCGACGCCGCCGCCCUCGCCGCAGGUACGGAUCUACGAGGACUUCGACAGGAUGAGCGCCAAGGAGGUGUACUACAAUGAGGCGGGCAAGAAGGUGACCGUGAAGCUGCUGCACUUCCCAGACGUUCCGCCCGAGGAGAUAUCCAAAUUGAAAUUCGACGAUGAUGAUGACGACGUCGAUGAAGAGAAGGAGGAUGGAAAUGGAGACGAAAACGAAAAUGGUGACGAUGACGAUGGCGAAGACAAGGGCGAGGAGGCCGAUGAGGAUAGCGAUUCCGGACGCAGACCGACAUCGGCGGACAGCGAGGAUGCGGGCCAGAAGUCGGAGACAAGUGGCGGUGCCAGCAAUGCCACCGCUUUGCCCAGUUCCUCCAAGAAGAUCUUUCGCCGCAAGCUCUCCGGCAACAAUAUGCAGCCACGGAAAUGCAGCUUGGCCUUCGCCCAGGCCCAUGGGAUUCGCCAGCGGGCGGAGAAGAAGCUAUCGAUGCCGACCAUUAGCAUUACGGCCAAUUCGGGCGAGCAUGUGGCCCACAAUUGUGGCCUGCGCCUGAACUUGGGCCGCAAGCUGUCGCAACAGCAUUCGCUGCCCCUGGGCUCACCCACCUCGCCCGCAUCGCCAACGAGUCCGGGACCGCGACGAUCGCAUUCGCCGCUGGGCCAAAGUCUGUGUCCCGGCUACAUCCAGUACUCCAAGUCGCUGCUGGAGGUGCCCAUGCCACGGGACUACGGCUAUGCCAGCAGCGAUGAUCUCAGCUCCGAGUGGGACUCGGAUGUGUCCACCUCAGCGGCCGGCUCGGCAACGGGAUCGGGAUCGGGUACCGCAUCCCAAGCCACCACCGGCAAGAAGAGCUCCGGCUGGCGAAAGAUCCGCAACAUCGUCCAGUGGACGCCCUUCUUCCAGACGUACAAGAAGCAGCGCUAUCCAUGGGUCCAACUGGCCGGGCACCAGGGCAACUUCAAGGCGGGUCCCGAGCCGGGCACCGUGCUCAAGAAGCUCUGUCCUAAGGAGGAGGAGUGCUUCCAGAUUCUCAUGCACGAUCUGCUUCGGCCCUAUGUGCCUGUUUACAAAGGUCAGGUGACCAGCGAGGAUGGCGAACUCUACCUGCAGCUGCAGGAUCUGCUCAGUGACUAUGUACAGCCGUGCGUGAUGGACUGCAAGGUGGGUGUGCGCACCUAUCUGGAGGAAGAGCUGUCCAAGGCCAAGGAGAGGCCCAAGCUGCGCAAGGACAUGUACGACAAGAUGAUCCAGAUCGACAGCCACGCCCCCACCGCCGAGGAGCACGCGGCCAAGGCGGUGACCAAGCCACGUUACAUGGUCUGGCGGGAGACCAUCUCCAGCACGGCCACGCUGGGAUUCCGCAUCGAGGGCAUCAAGAAGAGCGAUGGCACCAGUUCCAAAGAUUUCAAAACGACGAAGUCACGCGAACAAAUCAAGUUGGCCUUUCUCGAGUUCCUCAGCGGUCACCCACAUAUUUUGCCCCGCUACAUUCAGCGUUUGCGAGCCAUAAGGGCCACCCUGGCGGUAUCGGAGUUCUUCCAGACCCACGAGGUCAUCGGCAGCUCCCUGCUCUUCGUCCACGACCAGACCCACGCCAGCAUAUGGCUAAUUGACUUCGCCAAGACGGUGGAGCUGCCGCCGCAGCUGCGGAUCGAUCACUACUCCGCCUGGAAGGUGGGCAACCACGAGGAUGGCUAUCUCAUCGGUAUCAACAAUCUCAUUGAUAUCUUUGUGGAGCUGCAGGCAUCCAUGGAGGCGGAGGCGCAUGCGCAAGCGCAGGCGGAGGCCAUUCAGUCACCCGUUUCUGGCGGAGAUCCAGCAGCGGAGACGGGUGAAGAAAGCAAACCCUAAUGGGAAAUCUAUACAUUUCUACACGGAGGUUUGGGGCUGGGCCCCGGAGACAAAGACAUUUCCAAUUUCCGAAUCGAUUAAUCCCCAAUUCCUAGGCUAAGUUAUACUUUUUUUUUUUGUUUUUUUUUCUAACAGUUUGCGUACAUUUAACCCCUUAAGUUUAAAAUCAAAGACUGAAAUCACAAUAUGCAUACACAUAUUUUUACUAUGUACGAUAUACGCGUACAUAUACAUAUAUAGGAGAUAUAUAGCCUGGCCUAUAUGUGCUGCUGCUGUAGUGUAAUUUAUUUAUCCAAAAAAAAAAAAAAUUCACGUUUGGCGAAUCCUAGAGAUACCCAAAUGGCUGGAGACAAUCCCCACAAGGCAGUUGAAACUGUCGAUCGUAACGAUACGAAAAGUAACUAAGAAAUGAACACCCAACACGCAACAAGAGCUUAGACUAAGUUUUUAAUAUAAUGGUUAUGCGACUACCUACUAAAUACUACUAAUUGUGCACUAUUAAAUUCAGUUAAACCAGAAAAACGAAA